AUGGAGGUGGAGGUUGAAAAGGGAGGAGGGGAUAAAAAAUCUAAUAAAAGAUUGUCCGUGGAAAGAAUUUAUCAGAAGAAAUCCCAGUUGGAACAUAUUUUACUGCGUCCUGAUACUUAUAUUGGUUCUGUAGAGAAAUUAACGCAGCCGAUGUGGGUUUAUGAUGAAGAGAAGGAAUUAAUGAUAACUAAAGAUGUGACGUUUGUACCUGGUCUAUAUAAAAUAUUUGACGAAAUUCUUGUAAAUGCCGCUGAUAAUAAACAGAGAGAUGAGAAAAUGAACACAAUUAAAAUCACCAUUGACAAAGUUCACAAUCAAAUCUCGGUAUGGAAUAAUGGUAAAGGUAUACCUGUAGUUGAACAUAAAGAAGAGAAAAUGUACGUACCUACCAUGAUAUUUGGUCAUCUUUUAACUUCCAGUAAUUAUAAUGACUUUGAGAAGAAAGUUACUGGGGGACGAAAUGGUUAUGGAGCUAAAUUGUGCAAUAUUUUCAGUACUAAAUUUACUGUAGAAACUUCUUCUUGUGAAUAUAAACGAAGUUUUCGUCAGAGUUGGCAAAAAAAUAUGAGCUUAACGAAGGAACCCACCAUCAGGGAUUCUGUCGGGGAAGAUUUUACCUGCGUCACAUUUUCACCAGACCUGUCUAAAUUUCAUAUGGAAGAAUUAGACGAUGAUAUUAUUGACAUUAUGAAACGUAGGGCGUACGAUAUCGCGGCAUCAUCGAAAGGUGUCAGGGUCAUUUUAAAUGGGAAAAAGUUGCCGGUGAAAAAUUUCCGAGACUAUAUUAACUUAUUUUUGAAAGAUAAAUACGAUGAGAAUGAUCAGCCGUUAAAAGUUGUUUAUUACGAUAGUAAUCCAAGAUGGCAGGUAGCUGUUACCCUUAGUGAUAAAGGUUUUCAACAAGCUAGUUUCGUUAACAGUAUAGCUACCACAAAGGGUGGUCGUCACGUAGAUGUUGUAGCGGAUCAAAUUGUGAAGAAAUUAUUAGAAAUCGUUUCGAAAAGGGAUAAGGGUGGAAUCAAGAUUAAGCCGUUUCAAAUUAAAAACCAUCUGUGGGUAUUUGUGAACUGUUUGAUUGAGAAUCCCACCUUCGACUCUCAAACGAAAGAAAAUAUGACCCUACAAGCCAAGAGUUUCGGCUCAAAAGUUACUUUAUCAGAAGAUUUUAUGAAACAGGCCAGUAAAUGUGGAAUUGUAGAAAGUAUUCUAAGUUGGAUGAAAUUCAAGGCUCAAACUCAACUCAACAAAAAAACAGGAGCCGCCAAACUCUCUAAAUUAAAAGGAAUACCGAAAUUAGACGAUGCUAACAAUGCCGGAACGAGAAACUCUCAGUCAUGUACGUUGAUUCUAACGGAGGGAGAUUCAGCUAAAUCUUUAGCUGUGGCAGGUUUAGGUGUUAUUGGACGUGAUAAAUUUGGAGUGUUCCCAUUACGAGGUAAACUUCUCAACGUUCGUGAAGCUUCACAUAAACAGAUCAUGGAUAAUACAGAAAUUAACAAUAUUGUAAAGAUAAUGGGUCUACAGUUUAAACAUAAAUAUAAUGACCCCGAAGAUUUAAAAACUUUACGAUACGGUAAACUGAUGAUAAUGACAGAUCAGGACCACGAUGGCUCUCAUAUUAAAGGCCUCCUCGUUAAUUUUAUACAUCACUUCUGGCCCAACCUACUUAAAUACAACGUAGUGGAACAAUUUAUUACACCAAUUGUCAAGGUUUUUAAAGGGAAGUUCUCACAAGCGUUCUACAGUAUACCAGAAUUCGAAGAAUGGCAGAAAGAAACGCCAAACUUUCACACUUAUAAAGUCAAAUACUACAAAGGUUUGGGAACCAGCACGGCCAACGAGGCCAAGGAAUAUUUCACGGAUAUCGACAGACACAGAAUUAAAUUCCGAUACGGGGGAACCGAGGAUGAUGCCUCCAUUAAUUUAGCAUUCAGUAAAAAGAAAAUCGAGGAAAGAAAAACAUGGCUGAAGAACUUUAUGGAAGACAGAAAGAAAAGAAAUGAACUUGGACUACCAGAGCUCUAUCUGUACGGUAAAGAAACUAGUCGAAUAACUUACAACGAUUUUAUCAAUCGAGAGUUAAUAUUGUUUAGCGAGGUCGAUAAUUUACGAUCUAUUCCCAGCUCCAUAGACGGCCUUAAACCUGGUCAGAGAAAAGUUUUAUUUACGUGUUUUAAACGAAAUAUAACAAAAGAAAUCAAAGUGGCUCAGUUAGCUGGUUCCGUCGGUGAAAUUUCUGCCUAUCACCAUGGUGAGGCUUCUUUGAUGGGAACGAUAAUAAAUUUAGCCCAGAAUUUUGUUGGUUCGAAUAAUUUAAAUAUGUUAAUGCCACAAGGUCAGUUUGGUACGAGAUUACACGGGGGUAAAGACGCUGCCAGCCCUCGUUAUAUUUUUACUUACCUCAACCCGUUGACGAGAUUAAUUUUCAACCCAUUGGACGAUCCGUUAUUAAAGAAUCUUUACGAUGACAACCAGAGAAUAGAACCAGAAUGGUAUAUACCAAUUUUACCAGCUGUCUUGGUCAACGGAGCUGAAGGCAUUGGCACAGGAUGGAGUACUAAAAUACCAAAUUACGAUAUCAGAGAAAUCGUCGCCAAUUUAUAUCGUAUGAUCGAAGGCGAAGAGCCUGUUAAAAUGUUGCCAAGUUACAAGAAUUUUAAAGGAACGAUAGAUGAAAUAAGUGAUAAUAACAGAUACCUCGUUAGUGGUGAGAUAUCGAUACUGGAUGAUAAUUCUAUAGAAAUAUCAGAGUUACCUAUCAGAACUUGGACUCAGGCUUAUAAAGAAGAUGUUUUAGAACCAAUGUUA